CGCGUUUCGGCAGCACAACGAAUUUCCCGCUGUCUUAAUAAAUUUUGAACCCGAGUGCUGCUGCAUCUGCAUUUCUUUAACGUUUCAGUUUUGUCGGAAUUUUUGUGUGCGCCGCUCAAACGUCAAACGUUUAAAGUGAGUGAAAUUUUAUGUUUGUGAAAUAUUUAUGUGCUGCAAGAACAAUGUCCAUUCAGGCCUGACAUUAAUUGAAAACGUGUAAAAUUCGUGCUGGCAGCUGCAUACAAAAUAUUUCACGCGCUGUGCUUUGUUUGCAAGCCUUGACGAAAUUAGCGUGCGCCGCAUGCAAAAAAGUCAAACACACGACAGCUACGCAGCUGGCAUAUUUAAGCAUUGGAAAAUUGACUAAAAAUAUAUAGCAUAUAUAUAUUAUAUACGAACGUUAUAUUAAUGAGCAGGCAGCGUGGCAGCCUUGGCAGCAACAGCCAUUGCCGCAAAAGCCACAAAGCGAGAGUUUGAGAGCGAUCGGAAACAGGAGCAGGAGCGAGAGUCGGAGCAGCAGCAGUAGGAAGGGCAAUCGUGCCAGCAACAUUGACAGGAUGGUCACGAACAUGUCGCAGCCACAUUACUGCGGCGCCAGCUUCGAUGAUUUUCACACAAACUACAAAUAUAUUCAUGGCUACUUUUCGCUAAUUGUUUGCAUUCUGGGCACCUUGGCGAAUACUUUGAACAUCAUUGUGCUGACGCGUCGGGAAAUGCGCUCGCCCACCAAUGCAAUACUCACGGGUCUGGCGGUGGCCGAUCUGGCUGUGAUGCUGGAGUACAUACCCUACACAGUGCACGACUUCAUACUGGGCAGCAGUCUGCCGCGCGAGCAGCAGCUCAGCUACAACUGGGCGUGCUUCAUCAAGUUCCAUUCGAUCUUCGCACAGGUGCUGCAUACGAUUUCCAUUUGGCUGACGGUUACGCUGGCCGUCUGGCGUUACAUCGCUGUCAGCUAUCCGCAGCGCAAUCGCAUUUGGUGCGGCAUGCGCACCACUACUAUAACCAUUGCCACGGCGUAUGUGGUGUGCGUGCUGGUGGUGUCGCCGUGGCUUUAUCUGAUUACGGCCAUUGCCAAGUUCCUGGAGACGUUGGAUGCCAAUGGCAAAACACUCACCUCCGUGCCAUUAAGCCAGUAUAUACUGGACUAUAAGAGCGAGGAGCAGCUUACGCUGCAGGUCAUGUCCAGCACUACGCCCAAUAUGCCUUGGACGCUGGCCACUGCCAGCAACAAUACCACAGCAGCCAGCCUGCUCUCAGCAACAGCAGCAGCGGCGGAGCGCAACGUAACCGUCUAUAAACUCUAUCACAGCGCACUGGCCCUGCAUGAUCCAACGCUGAGGAACGCCACGUUUCUUAUCUACAGCGUGCUGAUUAAACUGCUGCCUUGCAUUGCGCUCACUGUGCUGUCGGUGCGACUGAUUGGCGCGCUGCUGGAGGCGAAGCGGCGCCGCAAGAUACUGGCGUGCCAUGCGGCUAACGAUAUGCAGCCGAUUGUAAAUGGCAAGGUGGUGACGCCCACGCAGCCCAAGAGCUGCAAGCUGUUGGAGAAGGAAAAGCAAACAGAUCGCACCACACGCAUGUUGCUGGCGGUGCUGUUGCUCUUUCUCAUUACAGAGUUUCCGCAGGGCAUUAUGGGACUGCUGAUUGCGAUGCUGGGUGAUAAAUUUUUAAUGGAGUGCUACCUGAAGCUGAGUGACCUAAUCGACAUCUUGGCACUUAUUAAUUCGAGCAUCAAUUUCAUACUCUACUGCUCGAUGAGUCGGCAAUUUCGCAGCACGUUUACGCUGCUCUUCCGGCCGCGCUGGUUCGACAAAUGGCUGCCGCUGUCGCAGCAUGACGGCGAUGGCAGAGAUGGUGCUGGCGCUGGGCUGGAUGCGUAUGGCAGGCAGCGUCUGGUGCAUACGGAUGCCGUCAGCAAGAGCAUGGCUAUUGAUUUGGGUCUGACAACCCAAGUGACGAAUGUGUAGCAGGAGAGCAGCAGG